CGUGACAAUGCACGACCAGCCUAACCGGGAUGAAAUAAUGGCCAGUCAUAGUCGGCCACGGAUUGUUGCUGCAAUGCAUACGUGCCCAGACACUGGCUCUCAUGUGGAGAGGCCUUAGCUGCCAUGAGGCUCUGCUUUCAGUCUGAGUACACGACAAUUGUCUCGUGGCAAUCAAAAGAGGCAUGACUUCUUGCUCUCUGUCCUUCUCAGCAUCUCAAGCAGAUGUUGGACAUCUGACUUUUGAGCCGACUCAAGCUGGAAGUUCACCAUGGACGCCCAGCAACGUCGGCUCUACACCGAUUGGUGUCAGAGUGACCGCAUCUCGCUCUCGGCAUCCGAUUUAAAUGGCGCCAACGAAAUAUUCCUGGUACCCGGUGACCUGCUCCGACGACGCUCACGUAAAUUUCGUGAAACCUUGACUCAAUUUGUGUCAGGAAUGCCUGUCAAUGUCACAUCUAUCGAGACUAUGCGAGACUUCUUCAUCUGGACACACUCAUCUCAGCCACAUGUCGAAGAGCAAGCGUCCCUCGAUGAUGUUGUCAAACUUGGCAUCUUCGCAGCCGAAUAUGAGAUCCCGGCUUUGAGCAACCAGGUUACGGAUGUUAUCCGCAGCAAUCUUGCGAGUGGUGAAUGGAAGCUUCAGGCGUCGAUUGCUGAUAGUAUCUACGACGUUGUGCCGGCAGGUGGAACGUUACGAGAAGUCAUCCGAGGAGCAUUGGGACUGCUGCCCAGGUCAAUUGCGGAUCUCGAAGAAGAUAGUCGCGAAGAAUGGAAAACUACCAUAUUGAAACACUCACAACUCGGUUGGGAUUACAUCGAGGCAAGCGGCUCGGAGUGGACACGGCAAGGCUAUCUAGCCGGCGUUUGCCGUUUUCAUGACCAUGAAGGAAUGGCAUAUCAGAAUGGCUUUGCUGCAAGCUGUGAUGGGUGUCCAUAUGCCCAAGACGAAUGCUACCCAGAAUGGAAGCAGGAAAAGAGCAUGAGUGGCGAGAAUCACACUGACGAGACUCCAGCGGCUGAAAUUGGAGAGCCUGCUGCCAGUAGCGACGACACUUUCCACACAGCACCAUCGGAGCCAGCAUUGGCACCGAUUGAGGAGGAGCCUGUAUCGGACGCAGAAUCUGUAGUGGCAGCUAUAGCGGGUCGUGAAGAAGUAUCGGCUGAGGCACCGGUCAAGGAUAGCACCACGGAGCUCGAGGAAGCUCCUGAAGUGCCACCUGUUGAGGCACCACUAGCCGAAGAGCCAGUGGAGACAUUGCCGGAACGAGUGGAACGGGCAAAAGAGCACCCAGCAGUUGAAGAAAUGCUGUGGACACUUCGUCAGCGCACCCGAGGCCCAACUGCACCAUCAAACGAAGAACGACCACUUCCAACAGACUCAGCAACAAGGGAUGCGCCAGAGAUCGACGACGAGCGUCCACGUGCAGAUUCCCUCGACCGACCGGAUGACGAAGACCCUGCUGCAUCAGAAAUGAACGACGUUGCACCAUCAGAAGUCAGCCACAGCGGCAGUGGAUCCACAGAAGUCAAUGGCGUCAAGAGCACCCAAAUCGACGUAACAACUGUACCUGAAUCCGUGAUUGAGGAGGUCGACGGCCCGGUCGAGACUAACGGACAUGCCACGGACGAGAAAGACAUCCAGGAAUCCAUUACCUCGGUCCCUGCGGAGUCAGAAACACCCAAGUCUGCGAAGAAGAAGAGUAAGAAGAAGAGGAACAGUGUUAGCCAUGCGAAGCACUGAAGGGCAUACCGGGGGAAAAUGGCCCUGUCACAAGGUAGGUACUGAAAUGCGGAAAGGGAAAUUGAUACCUGGGUACUUGUCGGAUUUCGGGUUGUGGUUUCGUUGGAAAGGAUGAGAAGGGUCAAAAGUUCGAGUCCACAUACGCAUACGCAUAACAGACUCGCUUCUGGGUGGUCACAAUGUCUGACCUUUGCAUGAGAACACUCGCUUCACCAGUUAGCUGGAGUUUGUAGGAGUUUUCAACACAAUGCGUGU